CGCAGAUUGAGCAUUCGAGGCUAGACGUUACCAGGCGAAUUUAUUUUAAUUUUUAUAAAUAAUAAUAUUGGAGUCAAACGGCUCCAUAUCCGACGUGGCACUCUGCACUACAUAAAACCCCAAUCUCUCUCACUCCACUCCACUCCACUCUCACCACAGCUCCAGCAAUGGCCGCCUCCCUCCUCUCCCUGGCCGUCAUCGCCCUCCUCUCCGCCGCCGCCGCCGCCACCAACAUCACCGAGAUCCUCUCCGCCUUCCCCGAGUACAGCGAGUUCAACGCCCUCCUCACCAAGACCAAGCUCGCCGACGAGAUCAACAGCCGCGAGCCCGUCACCGUCUGCGCCCUCCCCAACGGCGCCCUCUCCGCCGUCACCGGCAAAUACCCCCUCGCCGUCGUCAAGAACGUCCUCGCCCUCCACGUCCUCCUCGACUACUUCGACGGCCCCAAGCUCCACAAAAUCUCCGACGGCUCCGUCCUCUCCACCACCCUCUACCAGACCACCGGCAACGCCGCCGCCCAGCUCGGCUUCGUCAACAUCACCGACGUCAAGGGCGGCAAGGUCGCCUUCGGAUCCGGCGUCCCCGGCUCCCCCCUCGACUCCACCUUCACCAAAUCCGUCAAGCAGUUCCCCUACAACCUCUCCGUCAUCGAGCUCAGCAAGGCCAUCGCCCCCUCCGCCGUCCUCGCCGCCCCCGCCCCCUCCGCCAACCUCACCGCGCUCCUCGACAAGGCCGGCUGCAAGACCUUCGCCUCCCUCAUCGUCUCCACCGGCGUCGCCAAGGUGUUCGCCUCCGCCGCCGACAAGGGUUUAACCAUCUUCGCCCCCAACGACGAGGCGUUCAAGGCCGCCGACGCGCCGGAUCUGAGCAAGCUCACCAACGCCGAGGUCGUCUCGCUCCUACAGUAUCACGCCCUCGCCGCCUACUCCCCCGUCGGAUCUCUCAAACAGGCGAAAGGAAGGAUAGCCACGCUCGCCACCAACGGCGCCGGGAAAUACGACCUCGGCGUGAAAACCGCCGGCGAUUCCGUCACCCUCGACACCGGGGUCGACUCGUCGAGGAUCGCCUCCACCGUGCUCGACGCCACGCCCCUCUGCAUUUUCACCGUCGACAGUUUACUCCUCCCCGUCGAGCUCUUCGGGAAGGCACCGUCGCCGGCGCCGGGGCCAGCUCCGGAGACUUCGCCGUCGCCGUCUCCGGCGGAGGCCCCCACCCCGGCGUCCUCUCCGGAGCCCGCCGCCGCGCCUUCUCCGUUCAAGUCUCCUCCGGCGCCGCCGACGAACUCGCCUGACGGAGCUCCGUCGGAAGGUCCCACGGCGGACUCGCAGAGCAGCACCACCGACAAUUCCGGCAGCUCCUUGGUAGCUCCGGCGGCGGCGUGGGUGAAGAUGCUGCUCGCAGUGGCUACCGUUUUGAUGUUGAUGUCCUAAAUCGUCAUUUUCUUCCCAGGUUUGGUUAAUUUAUUUCUUUUUUACCUUUUUUUUGUGCAUUUCUGGAGUUAUUUUGUAGUCUUUUUGUAUUUUAUUUUAUUUUUACCCUUUUUUCGUUCAUUGUUGUGUUUAUUUUAACAUAUUUUAUGAGAGACUGAGACAGUGGAAUUCGAGUAUUAAUCUUAACGGUCAUUGGUUUGGAUGA